CCUCUACCCUUGCCCCUCCCCCAAUUCAUAUCACACACCAUGCUCGUCAUCAUUGUUGGAGGUGGAAUCGCAGGUCUUGCAGCCGGCGCAUUUCUUCGCGAACGAACAAACUUUACGAUCGAGAUCUACGAACGAGGAGGACCGAUUGAUUUAACGGAUAAUUCGCCCAGAAGGGAUGAUUAUGGUAUUGCAGUAGCGCCAAACGGAGUUGCAUGUUUGAAACUUUUAGGGAUGGAUGAUCCACUUGAAGAUUUAAACGGAUGUGAAUUAAAUCAAAUCCUAUUUCGUACUUCUGAUAAUCCGACAGACGUUCCGAUUCAAAAGUAUAACUUUCGUGCUUUGUUCGGACAUCCAAGCGUUUUUUGUAGGAGAACGGCAAUGAUUCGCUGGCUUGCAAAAAAAUGCAUAGAAGAUCGUCCAGACGGUCGUGAAAAAGUAAUGAUUCAUUAUCAUUGCAAAACGAUCGGCAUUGAUGCGGCUCGUGGUGAAUUUCAAUAUAUCAAUGUUAAAUCACCAGAAGAUCAUCCAAUCGUUCAACGUUCAGCAGAUUUACUCAUUUGUGCAGAUGGAAUCGAAAAGAUUGGCCGAAGAGCAGUUCUAACAGCACAAGAAGCGGAAAAGAAAGGUGUCAUGGCAGGUAUGGUCACCUCUCGAGCAAAUCCAAAUCAAGCAAAGAUUCUCCAGUAUUCUUACAUGUCUGUCAUUUCACCUCAAGACUUACGUGAAAGACCACAAAUACGAUUCUUGGCUGAAGGACAAAGUGAACGUCAAAUUGGACCAAGUACAACUUUGGCCAAUUGGUAUCACAAUGCACCUCAAAAAGGUAUGUCUUCAGCAGAGAUCUUGAAAGCAUUGCAACAGCAUAAAAGGAUCGUACUCUACCCUAUCGAUAGACAGGGUUAUCAUCAAAUGUUCGCUUAUGGUGCAAUGACCGAUGAGAUUUUGGCAAGAUUUGGACGUGGUCCUUUAGUUUGCCGACCAGAAGAUGGAAGUUCAGCGCAAUCUACUCCAAUGACUUCUCCCACAAGUGCAAAUACAAGAAAUGUGCUUAGAGGUAGUAUUUUACAUGGUGCACCAACUGAAGAAGCCUAUGAAACUUUCCAAGUUUUCCACGAAGAAGCAAGUUCACUUUUAGCUCUACAUGAAGAAGAAGGUAUCAAUAUGUGUAUGAUUCGAGAUUCUGAUCCGAUCGAUCAUUGGUCUGUGAACGGACGUACAGUGUUGGUGGGAGAUGGAGCCCAUGCAUCCGUUCCACAUACCGGACAAGGAUCUUCACAAGCAUUAGAAGAUGCAGAAACUCUUUCUUUCAUCCUUGCGAAGUGGCAAACUGAACAUUCUGAUAUGCUUCAAGAGAAUGACAAACCUUGUUUCAAAGAAGUUUUUGAUAAAUAUGAACAAGUUCGUAUUCCCAAAGCACAUAAAGCUCAACUUACAGCAAGAAUGUCAAACGGACAUGUACCCGGAUUGGAAAAGAUGGAUUUGGACAAGUACAAUGCAGAGAUCUUAUUAUGGAAAUCAACUGAAAGAACACUUGCUGAGAUUGAAAAAGGUCUUUAUAACAAGUUUGAAACUCCUUCAAGUGAUAAACAUAUCAAGAUUAAUAGUCAUACAAGUUUAGGUAUCAUUGCUUAAGCUCAUUCUCUUUUCCCCCCACUUUGAUCUUUUUCCCGCUUAUUUGUUUGGCCGCGGCGUAUCUUCCGUAUCAUCUUCGGCCAAAUUGUUACUGUAUCUUUUGUUAGCGUAAAAAACCACACUAAUCACGCUAUAAUUUUAUUCUCUUUUAAUACGCUAA